AAACAGCAGGAAUGGCGAUGCACACAGAUGCGGAACUGAAGAGUCUGCUGCUGGACUACAUCUUGACUUCAUGAAAUAAGGGGCAAGUAGUUAUAGUGAUCUCAAUUUUGUAAGUUGGUCGUGGUUCGUAGCGCAAACGUUUUUAAAUACACCACGGUGUAAUUCGAUCGAGCAAUUUUUUUUUGAAGAUGCCGAUGCUCCUGUCGUAUUGGACGAUCCCUUAUGUGGCAAUUCAGGAUACGCGUUUGGUGUACUUGUACAACGUCGGACUCGUCGCUAUUGUGGGGUGGCUGUUCUUCAACGUUUUCGUUGACCAGAUCUACCUAGAAUCCGAUGCGUUGCAAGGGGUAGCUCGUCUGCGGCUACGGAGCAGCAACUUGCUAUGAACGGAGACAAUUUUUGCUUCUGGUACUAGUUCUGGUAGUUCUAAUCUAAGUAUGCCUUUGCCAACUGAUCUGCUUGUGUGUUUUUUGUUUUGAUGCGUAUCGUUUUUCGGGAUCGCUGUCGCCUACCAAAUGUAGAUGUAUAUCAUUAUCAUGUUCGUUCCCUCUUGGGGUUCAGUGUAUCAGUGACGGGUGCGCCUUCUUGUGCUCCUAAGUUUGUGGCUCUGUCUCCCUCUCCCGCUGUGUGGUUCUCUUGCAGCCGAGUGCACAAAUUUAAUACGUUGCAUCCCGGCCCGCCGCGUCUUUCCGCUUCCUUCCACCGUGAUGCGUAGAACUUGCAGCACGUGAGCGCGUAGCUGCUGUCUGUAGUGGUAGCGCGCAUCAUGCCGGAAGGCCGUAACGGUCGACUUCUGAGAUGUAUCGCGUAGCUCCCACGUUUGUCGUAGCUCAUAUUUGUAGCAAGUAAACCUUGCAGCACUUCCUCCGCCCUGCCUCGGCGUUUGUAGACGCCGGGGGCACGUGGGCGGUAUCGAGCUCGCUCCAAGUAACUACGGGCUCGACUACCUCGAGUACCAUCCAUGCCUAUUCUAAUAAACGACCCCGCACGCGCACAGUGGGGCAGUCAGGAGCACUCCGAUGCCAGGACUAGAACCAAUGCGAUUUCUCGCGUAUCCGGGCAGUCCUUCUCUUACGCUCACUGGGAUGCAGAUACUGCGGGCCAGUCAAUCGGGGAUACCCUUUUCGUCGUCACAAGAAUAAAGGACGUGCUAGAAAAAUGCGUGAUUUCGCACCCGCCAACAGGAGUGGAUCGAGAUGAAGUUGAAGCCUCUGGCGCAAAGGCCCAUGAAUCAUCCGCACUAGCCGAAAAUAGCCAGGAUGAAGUUGAAGACGAAGAUGCCCUUGCCGCUGACUUUGCUGCAACACUCGUUGCGGAAGACUCUGGGUGUGUUACGGCUGCAGAGAUACAAUAGCUUAAUUUUAUUAAUACCUCGAGCAUGAUAUUGAUGCUGUCAGUAUGCGGACAUGAGAAUAAGGGCAUAUACUAUACUCUAGUUUACUAGUGAAGAGGGUAGGGAAAACACAAAGAAUAAAAGUACUAUGCGUCUUACUAGGUGGUGGGCCUGCACACCCAGAAGAUAUCGCAUUUUUUGGGUUACCAGUAAGCUGCAAGAGUGUCAUAUUGUAAAAUCUGAGACCAUUUGCAAUUCCAAUUGCAUAGCUUUAAUUACCGACAAGAGGGCUACACACGUGUUUCGCGGUUAGACCGAUAUGUCGCAGGCCUCGAGUUUUUCAGGGUCGCGAUCACGGCUCACGCGGAAGCCGUUGAAUUCUGUGCCCAGUUUCGCAAAGCAGUCAGGGAGAGUUCGCAGCAUACUGCGUCUGCAACUACAGCUUUGUGUCCCUAUGUUACGGCAGAUGUGAUGACGAAGCCGCCCCUAUGAGCCUUACCGACGAUCACGUCCUUCAGUAGGAGGAACCCCUAGCAGAUGAAACUGAAAGUCCUCUAGUGUUGUAUACUAUAAGACAAUUCGAAUUGCAAUCUGAAUCUUCUAGUUCUAAAGACCGUUACUGAUAUUGGGCAAUCGAUCAUCCCCAUGUUGAACUGUAGGUCGCACCUGUAUUGCAUUUUCCUUUCAUCAUGACCCCAAUCGAAGAGAAACGCUUUUUGUGCGGAAGGAGCAGGCUACUAGGUUGAGUUUUUUUCUAACAUAAUCUAUUCCACACGAAAUCCGGCUGCAGCUGGAGAGUUACUUGGGCGCGACGGUGCUAUGAUUCGCGCUGUGUCGACGACAUCAAAGUCUAGCCUAACAACGCAUAAGAUACGGCCAUUUCUUAUCGCACUGCUGGCACUCUUUGUCUAUAAGAAUUCCUUAAAGAGAGGGGAGCAGACAUAAGGUUUGAAAUUUUCCAUCUUCGUUUCCCAUCUUUGAUCACUUUCAUUUACCGGCGAAGAGGCGUCAACAUCUGCGGAGAAGGCAGUGGAGAAAGGAAGCGAUGCUGGCUCACUCAGCGGGGAUGCAGAAGCUUUGAGGGAACGCCGAAUGAAUGAGACACGGACAACAAGGCCAACAUCAACAGCGCUAGAAGAGGGAACCAGCGCAUCGCCUCUUGAACAAGAUGCUGUAAGCACAGAAGCGACACCACGUAACUCAGCAGAAGAGGAUGUACGUGAUAGAAAACCCGAACCCGGAGGAGCGCGAGUCGGUGAAAGCGGCGAACUCGAAGGACCACAGGUGGCAUUUCAAGAAGGACAAGAGGCGGCCGUUGCCGACGAUCCUGCGAAAGUAUCGUUCUUAGAAGAUGCUACUGAGGCGAUUACGCCCGUAGAACUAGAUGAUGCCGCACUUGAAAAAUCGACGGUUCAAACUGCGUCUGAACAGCCUGCUCGGAUACUGAUUAUGGUUUUUCAGUCAUUCAUUCUCGUUCACUUUUUCAACGUGAACAGCCAGAUGGCAUAUCGUAACUAUAAAAGAAAAAGUUUAAGUUCCUGGGUUACUUCAUCGGGACAAGCAGGCGGGGCUCUGGCUCUCCCAGUACAACUUCUGGAGUCGUCAAACCUUAUUCAUUGUUAUUCUACUACGAAUCAAAUCGAUCACGCCAACUUCAGGUUCUGGCUCAGAACUGCUCUAAGUAACAAAAAGAGCCCAAGGCUGCUGUUGAAAUUCCUCUGAGUGAGAUCCUUACCGCUGCAGGUAUAGGAUCCCUAGACGAGGCAGAGCCUGAUGGCACGGUAAUCCGGGAAAAAGGGUCGCUCAUAGUUGUGACGGUACAUUUUUCAGCCGACCACGGACAGAUCUCCUUCUGGCGAGCGCUCAAAGCAGCGUGGUAUUAAGGGUAGGCUAACGGUGUUCCUGUCACCGUUUGUUAUGGGUCUCCUAAGGGAGACAGGCAUCACAAGCGGGAUAAACGAACACCAAACGCCUACCUCUAAUGGUACGACUUCACGAACUCCUCACUUCCCACGCUUCCCGAGUUGAUUGUAGGACCUUUGCUUCUGGGCAGCUCUAGUAGUGCUGAAAAAGACACACAGCGAGACCACGAGGAGAAAAAACUUUCACAGAUCACGAACAAACGAGCGACUUCUCAAGGUGAAGAUGACGGGGGUGGCACACAAAAAAAUCGCAAGACUACAUCUUCACCAAAGCCACAAGAUGCAAUCCUCCUCCCGCACAAAUACACGAUAACAGCGGAACGAGUACCGUACUCGGAAUACAAGACACGCGAAGUGACACCACAUCAAUUCGUUAACACGGCGCGCCCUAUAUCUAUAACAAAAGAGGAAAUGGAUCCACAAUCGACAUCCACUUCAUCUCGCAGGACACUGUAUCGCAGAGUGCGGACACUUCAUGGGCUGCAGAUGAAGAUAGUCAUUGCAGGCUCGGCGCGUCGCUUCAGUGCCAGCGCAAUGCUUUCAGAAGUGGUGCUAAAAUUUGGUCUACUGGGCCUCCUUUCCCAAACUCUAGAUGUGCUGUGGCAGUACGUUUUUCCGGUCGUGGUCGGCGUCGAUUACAACGAAAAGGUGUAUGGAGUGGUGGGACAGUAGCCGAGUAUUAGCUCGAGCACAAGGUGACAGUGGUGAUUGCAGCAGGACUACGCCUCUGCCGCCACCCAAGUCUAAGGCAGACUUUACUCUAUUUAUAUUAUAAGUAAGUAAUCUCGUUAUUUUCGAGGAACAUUAUUUCGUUCGAGGUCUUUGCCUUUGCGGACGCGCCUUGCGGCUACUGAGAAUUUCAGAAGAUUCAUAUGACGUACACGUUGACGAAACGAUGCUACAUGUCUUUUUUUUCUUCUUUCUUUUCAGUCCUUUUUUCACUCCUCGACGGUUAAAGUUACAGAGCUUCACUUUCAACAUGCAUCACAACACAAUCAGGCACGACGACAUGGAAAAACUGCUUUUUGUGUGAUGUUGACGGCCCUUCAUUUUUGCGUACUUGCUUUUUUUUUACUAAUUUGCAGCUACAAGGUACCAAGCAAAAGUACGCACCCGAGUUAUGUCUUUGGAGACCUUUGACGCAGGGAGAUGUUCAUCUCCGAAUGUAUAGGUAUACCAACAUUACCAAUUUUGGUGGAAGCACUUCUCUGUUUCAAGUUCUGGUGAAUCUUGAUAGAAGCACAGCACUUCCGCGUUAUUGUG